CAUGACAAGAAUCCAUAUCCUAUGUUUAUUAUUUAAUUUUAGAUUAAACAUUUUAUGGAGAGGGGAGAGGAGUAUCAAUAAUUUUGAAUGCAGACGUGAAGUGAGUGGAAUAUUUAGGGGAAUCACCGAGUUCCAGACACACAAAAGGCUACCAAUUUACCAAUAUGAAAAGUAUACUGGCGUUUGGAAAUCCACUUUUAGAUCUAACAAUUUCUUCACAGAAUUACGUAAGAAAGUUAGUGGAAAAAUAUAAUCUCCAAAAAGACGGACAAAAAGAAAUUAGCCAAGAUGAAAUGCGCCUUUUAAGUAAGGAUAUUCAAGGCUACGAGACGCACUUGUCUGCGGGAGGAUGUUGCCAAAAUUCUCUGAGAGUUUUGCAAUGGAUUUUACAUGGAAAAUGUCAAGCAUCAAUAUUCGGUUCUGUAGGCAAUGACACAGAGGCAAAAUUGUUACAAAAUUUCUUGCAAUCGGAUGGAUUGCAAACCAGAUAUGUGGAACAACCAGCCCUACCAACAGGAAAAACAAUAGCGUUAGUGGAUGGGAUUUACAGGUCUCUUGUAGCUCAUAUUGGGGCUGCAGAGGUUUUUCCUUUACAGACUUUAGUACAGUACAAAAAUUUCAAUUCUAUUUUUGAUUCAAGCGACAUUAUAUUCCUGGAAGCAUAUUUUCUAACAAACCGCUUUGAAACUGCAAAAUAUGUAGUUGAUCUGGCCAAAAAGAAAUGUAAAAUUGUAGCCUUUAAUUUAGGUGGAGAAUAUAUCUUUGAAGUGAUUCCUGAAGAGAUCAAAUAUAUGGUUAAGCAUUCAGACAUAUUGUUUGGGAACUGUUAUGAAUUUGAUGCUCUAAAGGUGUUGCUAAAUUAUUCUUCAAGAGAAUCUAUGGCUGCAGAUCUUUUACAACAAGAAAAACUAAACACACAGUACAGUAAAACUUUAAUAAUAACAAACGGAGAUCAACCUGUUACAUGCUUUUAUGAAACAGAAAAAAUAGAAUUUCUACCUCCUCUAAUGAAAGAAUCAGAUAUUAAAGACACCGUAGGUGCUGGGGAUGCUUUUAUAGGAGGAUAUUUGGCUGGUUUAUGCACUUCAAAAACUUUACAACAAUGUACCAGAAUAGCAUUUUACGCCGCCUCAAAUAUAUUAAAACAACAUGGAUGCACAAUACCUAAAUAUAAAUCUACAAUACUUACAUCUAACGAUUUUUCAUUCGCUUCAGAGUUACAAUAAGUUGAUUAGAGAUUGUAAUAAAUGGCACUAUUUC